CACCACGGCCAUCACCCCACUCCCACACAGGAACCAAACAGACCAUCACUCACUCCCCACCGCCACUCGUCAGAUCCACACAGCACAGCGCGCGGCAUGGGCUCCCUCCCCCUCGCCGUCCUCGCGGCGCUUUUCUGCUUCCUGGCCGUCGGCGGCGCCGUCGAGCUCAACACCACCGACCCCGCCCCCUUCGACGUCGACCUGAACGCCACCGACGCCACCAAGUACUGGGGCCCCUGGACCCCGGCCAGGGCGACGUGGUACGGCCAGCCCAACGGCGCCGGCCCCGACGACAACGGUGGUGCCUGCGGCUUCAAGCACACCAACCAGUACCCGUUCGCGUCCAUGACCUCCUGCGGCAACCAGCCAUUGUUCAAGGACGGCAAGGGGUGCGGCUCAUGCUACAAGAUCAGAUGCAGAAAGGACAUGUCCUGCUCCGGCAGGACGGAGACGGUGAUCAUCACCGACAUGAACUACUACCCGGUGGCGCCCUUCCACUUCGACCUCAGCGGUACGGCGUUCGGCCGGCUCGCUAAGCCCGGCCUCAACGACAGGCUCCGCCACUCCGGCAUCAUCGACAUCGAGUUCACACGGGUGCCGUGCGAGUUCCCGGGGCUCAAGAUCGGGUUCCACGUGGAGGAGUACUCUAACCCCGUCUACUUCGCGGUGCUGGUGGAGUACGAGGACGGCGACGGCGACGUGGUGCAGGUGGACCUCAUGGAGUCGCGGGGGCCGGGCGGCGGCAAGUGGACGAGGAUGAGGGAGUCGUGGGGCUCCAUCUGGCGCCUCGACUCCAACCACCGCCUCCAGGCGCCCUUCUCCAUCCGCAUCCGCAACGAGUCCGGCAAGACGCUCGUCGCCAACAAGGUCAUCCCGGCCAACUGGAGGCCCAACACCUUCUACCGCUCCUUCGUGCAGUACAGCUGAACCCACCAUGAUUCCGUUGCUCGGAGUUACUAGUAAUGCUACUACGCAGCUAGCUGCUACGGUCAAGUGAGUCAUCAGUCAUUGGGAGUGUACGGUUGGUCAUUGCGUUGCGUUGAGUCGUUGUAAACUGUAUCGGGUUGGGGUGGUGUCGGUGCGUCUUUCUAGGUGAGAAAAGUUUGGUUGGGCGCGGGUGCGUCCAUGGAGUUGGGUCUCGGUCUGGGUCUCUAGGGGCGUGAUGAGUCCGUGUAUUGGCAAAUGGGAAAAGGCUGUGUGGGAAAUGGAGGAGGCAGGCGUACAAGAUACGCUCUCCCGCCCACUCUCGCCUUUUAUAAUUUAUAUCAUUCAAGGCGGUGAUAUUAAUCGAAAGUAUAUUGUUACUACUACUA